AUGUCGCCCUGCUGGGCUACCAUUCAGUCCCUCGGCAUUCUGUACGCCCCUCGGCAUUCUGUACGCCCCUCGGCAUUCUGUACGCCCCUCGGCAUUCUGUACGCCCCUCGGCAUUCUGUACGCCCCUCGGCAUUCUGUACGCCCCUCGGCAUUCUGUACGCCCCUCGGCAUUCUGUACGCCCCUCGGCAUUCUGUACGCCCCUCGGCAUUCUGUACGCCCCUCGGCAUUCUGUACGCCCCUCGGCAUUCUGUACGCCCCUCGGCAUUCUGUACGCCCCUCGGCAUUCUGUACGCCCCUCGGCAUUCUGUACGCCCCUCGGCAUUCUGUACGCCCCUCGGCAUUCUGUACGCCCCUCGGCAUUCUGUACGCCCCUCGGCAUUCUGUACGCCCCUCGGCAUUCUGUACGCCCCUCGGCAUUCUGUACGCCCCUCGGCAUUCUGUACGCCCCUCGGCAUUCUGUACGCCCCUCGGCAUUCUGUACGCCCCUCGGCAUUCUGUACGCCCCUCGGCAUUCUGUACGCCCCUCGGCAUUCUGUACGCCCCUCGGCAUUCUGUACGCCCCUCGGCAUUCUGUACGCCCCUCGGCAUUCUGUACGCCCCUCGGCAUUCUGUACGCCCCUCGGCAUUCUGUACGCCCCUCGGCAUUCUGUACGCCCCUCGGCAUUCUGUACGCCCCUCGGCAUUCUGUACGCCCCUCGGCAUUCUGUACGCCCCUCGGCAUUCUGUACGCCCCUCGGCAUUCUGUACGCCCCUCGGCAUUCUGUACGCCCCUCGGCAUUCUGUACGCCCCUCGGCAUUCUGUACGCCCCUCGGCAUUCUGUACGCCCCUCGGCAUUCUGUACGCCCCUCGGCAUUCUGUACGCCCCUCGGCAUUCUGUACGCCCCUCGGCAUUCUGUACGCCCCUCGGCAUUCUGUACGCCCCUCGGCAUUCUGUACGCCCCUCGGCAUUCUGUACGCCCCUCGGCAUUCUGUACGCCCCUCGGCAUUCUGUACGCCCCUCGGCAUUCUGUACGCCCCUCGGCAUUCUGUACGCCCCUCGGCAUUCUGUACGCCCCUCGGCAUUCUGUACGCCCCUCGGCAUUCUGUACGCCCCUCGGCAUUCUGUACGCCCCUCGGCAUUCUGUACGCCCCUCGGCAUUCUGUACGCCCCUCGGCAUUCUGUACGCCCCUCGGCAUUCUGUACGCCCCUCGGCAUUCUGUACGCCCCUCGGCAUUCUGUACGCCCCUCGGCAUUCUGUACGCCCCUCGGCAUUCUGUACGCCCCUCGGCAUUCUGUACGCCUUCCUGCUUUCCACCCAUGCGCUCCCCCUUGCGCCCCCUCCUGCUCUCGCUACCCUGCUGGGCCACCAUUCAGUCCCUCGGCACUGAAUGGUUGGCCCCUACCCCCUAUCCCUACGCCUCCCUAACCCCCUACCUACCCUCUACUCCCUUGUACUCCCCUUCUCCAUCCUCUUCUCCCUCCCCUGCUCCCUCCCCUGCUCCCUCCCCUACCCUCACCUCUGCUCUUCCCCCUGCUCUCCUUCUUCCCCUGCUCUCCCCCCUGCUCUCCUCUCUUCUCUCCCCUGCUCUGCACUCUCCCCUGCUCUCUCCCCUUCUCUCUCCCCUGCUGUCCCCCCUUCUCUCCUCCUUUCUCUCCCCUGCUAUCUCCCCUGCUCCCUCUCCUAAUUCCCCUCCUUUCUCUCCCCUGCACUCUCCCCUGCUUUUUGCCCCUAUUCCUUCACUCAUGCCCAUGUGCCACCAAGAUGCUCUCCGCAAGGCAUGGGAGAAAGAGUUGAAGCAGGGCUUCAGGAAGUACACGUGGAGGGAGGUGAUGGAGGCGACCAACCAGCUGAGCCCCAACAACCUUCUCGGCAAGGGCGGCUUCGGCUCCGUCUACUGGGGCGUCAUCGGCGGGGAGCAGCAGCGCAGUGGGUGGAGCUCGCAUGUGUGGAAGAGAGCCGGGGCCAGCAGCAAAUCAAAAAGCAGUUUCAUGAGUGGGGGAAUUGGCGCGAGUGGGAGCACGACCUCUCUGGUUGAAGCUGCUGCUGGUGCGAAGGGUGUGGAGUCGGACGGCAAUGUGGUCGUCAAUGCUGAUGGUUCGGGCGGCGCUAUGCGUGGGGCGGGUGGCGGUGUGGGUGUGGUGGGCGGCAUGGAGGUGGCGAUCAAGCGGGCGGCUGCUGUGGAGCGAUCGACCAGUAUUGCCACCAUGUUUGAAGAGGAGGUGAAGGCGGUGUCCAAGUUGAGCCACAAGAACCUCGUGCGCCUCCUCGGCUACUGCAACGAGAACAAUGAGCAGAGCAACGAGCAGGUGUGCCCUACCGCUUACCCUUCAACCUUCUCAUGUCCCCUCGGCUACUGCAACGAGAGCAACGAGCAGGUGUGCCCUACCGCUUACCCUUCAACCUUCUCAUGCCUCCUCGGCUACUGCAACGAGAGCAACGAGCAGGUGUGCCCUACCGCUUACCCUUCAACCUUCUCAUGCCUCCUCGGCUACUGCAACGAGAGCAACGAGCAGGUGUGCCCUACCGCUUACCCUUCAACCUUCUCAUGCCUCCUCGGCUACUGCAUCGAGAGCAACGAGCAGGUGUGCCCUACCGCUUACCCUUCAACCUUCUCAUGCCUCCUCGGCUACUGCAACGAGAGCAACGAGCAGGUGUGCCCUACCGCUUACCCUUCAACCUUCUCAUGCCUCCUCGGCUACUGCAACGAGAGCAACGAGCAGGUGUGCCCUACCGCUUACCCUUCAACCUUCUCAUGCCUCCUCGGCUACUGCAACGAGAGCAACGAGCAGGUGUGCCCUACCGCUUACCCUUCAACCUUCUCAUGCCUCCUCGGCUACUGCAACGAGAGCAACGAGCAGGUGUGCCCUACCGCUUACCCUUCAACCUUCUCAUGCCUCCUCGGCUACUGCAACGAGAAGGUGCGCCUUUGUGUCAACAAAUGCCACCUUCAUCUCGUAGCACAUGUUAUCCCGCCUCUCUGCAGCUGA